CAGAAGACCCAUUUGUUAACGAACCUCUCGAACUCUGUAAUGAUGGUCCUUUCGCAUCUGUAGAGCUAAACUGAAGCUUUCAAACGGGUCGAACAGGGUCAUUGCGGCAUUAUGAAUUUUUAACGCCGGACACCUAGAAAUCUGUCAGGAGAUUAAGGUACAGGCCAGCAGCUGCCAUCUUGGAGGGAGGAGCAUUUCCUGGCCUGAAUGCGAACCGACUGCAGCUGGAGCAUGUCCACUGCAGGCUUGACUGCCCAGGAGAUCUGUUUACCCGCACAAAGCCUAUUCCUGCGGGGCAGCCAUUGGCAUAGCAUGGCCGGAGCUAAGCCCUCUUGGAAAUACCAUGAUCUACACAACGUUUACUUCACCAUUGAUUCUUCUACGGAUUAUAACCUUCAGUCCCGGCAACAGGUGCUGCCAUCAUUCCCCGGAGCGGAAAAGCAGCAGACUCCUCUUCAGUCACCAAACAGCCCAGCAGGACAGCCCUUGCCCCCCAAAAAGCCCAGACCUUCCCAGCUCACCUUGCACACGGACCCUUUCCCGUCCAGCCCUGCCAAAGACGACCAAGUGGUUCCCUGCUUUCAAAGUUUAACGAUAUCCGACCGCAUCAGUCCACCCCAGACGCCCAGCCGAGUCACCAAACCCCUUCCCCCAAUUCCCGGCUCAGCGGAACUUUCCCCGGAUCCGGCUACGGACAGUGAGGUAGAGUUCUUCAAUGGAGAUGACAGUCGCUGCCUAGUUUCCGAACCUUGCUCCAAACUCUCUCCGUUCCGCUACGGAAUGCCCAGUCGGAGGAGUUGUGGACAGAUUAGGGGCUGUGGACGGAUUAACUAUGCAUACUUUGAAGGUCCAACAGCCAAGCAGAAGCCACAGCUACAGCCGCAAAAGCCAAGGCAGGAGCAGGAAACUCAGCAGAGGGAACAGGAGCUCCGUGACCACCACCACCAACAGCAACUGCAGCAAAACUGUCUCCGACAGCAGGAACGUACGCAAAGGAAGCUGCGGCGCUCUCAUUCCGGCCCCGCUGGCUGCUUUAACAAACCCACCUCCUUCCAGCUCUCCUGUCACCACCGGCACACACAAGGCCUGGAUAAACCAGAAGUUCCUCCCAGAGUUCCAAUUCCACCACGACCAAUCAAGACAGGAGACUACCGCCGCUGGUCAGCCGAGGUGUCAUCGGGAGCCAACAGCGACGAUGACCGACCUCCGAAAAUACCUCCCAGAGAACCUUUAUCCGGCGGGAGUUCCCGCACCCCGAGCCCAAAGAGCCUUCCAGUGUACCUCAACGGGAUCAUGCCCCCAACACAGAGCUUUGCCCCGGACCCAAAAUAUGUCAGUCGCGGCCUGCAGCGGCAGAAUAGUGAAGGCUCCCCGUGCAUUCUGCCCGUCAUGGAGAAUGGCAGGAAAGCAAGCACCACGCACUACUUCCUUUUGCCACAACGUCCGUCGUACCUGGACAAUCAUGAGAGGUAUUUUACGGACAGCACAGCGAGUCGAGGAACGGACACCUCCGAUAGACACCAGAUAGACUUGGUAUGAAAUAACUGGUUUGUCUGACGACCCCGAAGACUUUUCCGCUGCUUUGUCGCAGCUUUGCUCUUGCGCUCCGAGCGAGUUACGUAAGAAUUGCAGUUACUGGGAUUUCUCUUGUUUUGCUCUCAGCCUGGAAACAGUUGUAACAGUUCUCUUAGAGCGAGCUCGGAAACUAUUUUGAUGUUUUUUUUAUUUUUAUUUCAUUGUUAUGUGAAAUGUAAGUGUUGAAAGAUAACAUGGUGCAGUUGUUUGGUAUAAGCUGGUCUGGUACCUCAAUACUUCAGUGUUGUAAAUUUUCGUAGGCAUUUUAUAUUGCAUUGAAGAUUAUUUUAUGUCUUGGAACAUGUAGUUGAACACGUUCAUCUGCUCAUAGGGACAUAGGGUCAGUAAAUGCUUCUUUGUUUGUGUUGUCUACCAUAUAUGAAGUAUAAAAACGGCCUGACUUUUUUAAGGCCGGCAAUUUUAAAUGAAGGUUAUUGCAAUGCAUAAUGCAUGCACGCACGAAAUCUGACACAUGCACACUAUUUCGCAGUUCUUCUGUUUGACUAAUGAUCUCACCUUUUUGUCUGUACAAUCUGUGAUCUUUAUUGUGUGUUACAUAGGAACAGGCCAAGUAUCGCUUUUCUGUUCUAAGCUGUGUGUGUGUGUGUGUUAGUGAUACGAGAGCUGAAUGUGUUACAUUUGCCCAGUUUUGGCACUACUUUAAGCUUUUAUUAGCUGCUUAUAACGGCAGCUGAAAUGUUGCCCUCUGAAUGAACAGAGUAUUUCCGAUCCCUGGCUUCUUGCUGAGGUGUAGUGUGUUCUUUUGUUGCACAAAAAGCAAUACUUGCAAAACCUGUGAAUGAGUUUCUCUCCUCUUUUAAAGUGCUGUCUCCACGUGAAGCUGUGAGCUAUUGUCUGCAAUAGGAUUUCUCAAGUACUACCUCCCAUUAUAAUUCUACUUCAUAAAUACCCAACUAUGGAUUACAAAGGCUCAACAAAUACAACCUCUUUUGAUGCACACAGGUCCAUACGAGGAAACCGUUUCCGCUGAUCUAAAUUUCUUCAUGUUUCGCCCCGUUCAAAGCAGUCAGUCAUUAACACUUCCUCAACGAACACCUCUUCGACCAAUUUUUAAGAGCUACGUGGCGUUAAAGUCCAUGUGUGGUGUGUUUGGCCGAGCUCACGCAUACUGAUCUUCCUGUUACUGUAUGUGCAUUCCUGUUAGACAUGAUUACAGUGGGUGUGUGCACCUGAGACUUUGGCUGCUGGCAGCUGGUGAAUUAGAUGUUUUAUUAUUCUAUAUUGAUUCCAGAACCAUCGUGAUAACACAGUAAAUGUAGCAAGUGCCAUGCAAUUUAAAAAGGGGAAAGCAAGACUAUAACAACAUGCGUUUUGGAAGCUCUGAGGUCAAGUACAACUUACCACCUCACAUAGGGAUUUGAAAUCAUUAGAUGCCAUGUUUUCGACCCUUUAUUUUACCAGUUUGUAUAUCAGCAAAUGUUUACAUUACACUUUGUUAUUUUCCUUAACAGUCUUACUUAAAACAAAAAAUGAAGGCAAGUUCGAGAAGAAAUAGACAUCUCUGCUGUGUUGUGUGUGUGUGUGUAUGCGUGUGUGUGUGUGAAAAUAUAUAUAAAGCAAAGUGCACUGAGAAAACAGUAUGCCGUGAUGUGUAAAAGUAUUUAACAUCGUCCUCUUACCCAAACUGAAUAGUUUUUAGUGUAUUGUAUCCUUUUAAAGUCAUAAAAAUAAAUACUUAUUUAUGAAUCAA